GGUCGAUAAAAUACACAGAAGCUUAUAUCUAGGCCACAUACACCGCACCUGAUAUACUGUUUAUGCUUCACUUAUUCUGGAGAAUUUUCAACCGUCAGAAUGGCAAAGGCUGAAGAAGAAAGAUUGGGGGAAUGGAUAGAGGCUUGGGACAGCGACCAAGUCGGAUGGCAUAUGUCCGGUGUGAACCAUUAUCUAAAGGAGUUUUUGGACGUCAUGGUGGCUGGCAAAAAGUCCGCUAAAGUCCUGGUGCCUCUGUGUGGGAAGACUGUCGAUAUGAAAUGGCUGGCAGAUCUCGGUCACACUGUUGUUGGAAUAGAAGGAGCAGAAAAAGCCGCAAAGGAAUUCUUCACAGAACAGAACGUCCCCGUUAACAUAGAGCAAUGUGAUGCCAUACAAGGCAAGCUUUACCGAAGCGCAGAUAACAAAAUACGAUUCUAUGUUGGAGAUUUCUUCUACUUUAAUGAGAACUUAGAAGGACAGUUUGACGCUGUAUGGGACCGUGGGUCUUUGAUAGCCGUUGAUGAGAAGGAUCUUGUCUCGUAUGUGAGCAUUAUUAAAUCGCUGCUUAAAACAGGUGGCCAUUGCUUAGCGGAGGUGUUUGAUUUUGAUAAAGGUGACAACCAGAACGGUGAAGGGCAUCGUUCCGUAUCUAUGGAUCUUGCACAAAAACUGUUUGGUGAUGAAUGCAGCGUCAAGUUGUUAAAGACAGUUGCAGCUCGAGAUGAUGCUUUCUAUUCCAAAGCUGGUUUUGCGGAUUCGUCAGAUAGAGACAAAGUGAACAUUUAUCUUAUUUCAAAGAAUUAAGGCUUACCUACCUGUAGGCCUA